AUGGCUCCAUGGCGAAUACUGUCCACGAGCGAGUCGCUGGGUCGCUGCGUCGCUGCAUCGCCGUGUCGCUGCGCGGCGUGUCACCGUGUCGCCGUGUCACCGUGUCGCUGCGUCGCUGUGUCACUGUGUCGCUGUGUCGCUGGGUCGCUGCGUCUCUGCAUCGCCGUGUCGCUGCGCGGCGUGUCGCUGUGUCGCCGUGUAGCCGUGUCGCUGCGUCGCUGUGUCACUGUGUCGCUGUAUCGCUGGGUCGCUGCGUCUGCAUCGCCGUGUCGCUGCGCGGCGUGUCGCCGUGUCGCCGUGUCACCGUGUCGCUGCGUCGCUGUGUCACUGUGUCGCUGUGUCGCUGGGUCGCUGCGUCGCCGUGUCACCGUGUCGCUGCGUCGCUGUGUCGCUGGGUCGCUGCGUCUCUGCAUCGCCGUGUCGCUGCGCGGCGUGUCGCCGUGUCGCCGUGUCACCGUGUCGCUGCGUCGCUGUGUCACUGUGUCGCUGUGUCGCUGGGUCGCUGCGUCUCUGCAUCGCCGUGUCGCUGCGCGGCGUGUUGCCGUGUCGCCGUGUCGCCGUGUCGCGGCGUCGCUGUGUCACUGA